AUGGCAGACAAACUGGGGGUCAUUUUGAGGAACGUCACAAGUUUCCAUGGGGAUCGCAUCAAUAAGAGAGGAAGGGUAGGGGUAGAGGAGGGUGCCCAUCACUUUAAUUCGUGGGGAUGAAUUAUCUUGCAUGUCAGGGGCUGAAAAUGUUCAACUGUUUUUACGUUGUAGAGCGGCGUCGUUGCGGAUAAGCUAUGAAGACAUUUUAGAAGGGGGAACUUCCCGACUCCCGCCCCUUUUUUCUUGACUCCCUUCCCAUAGCCCUUUUGGACUACAAAAUAUUAAGCAUUGUUGUUGAAUAAUCAUGCAACCCCUAGCUUUUUCUUUCUCUUCUCUCCCCUUUCAGGAUCCCCCACCAUCAACCCCUCCCUCUCCCCCCUCCCGAACCCUUUGCCCCCGUCCCUACUCUCCGUAGUUCCCACCAGUCCUCUGCCACCAUACUCAACUGUAACUGUGUAAAGAACAUAAGGAUUAACGAGUUAAGAACCUAAAUAGCGAUACUCACGCUUACGUCACCUAUCCAUAUCAAUGUGCCAACCUGCAGAAGGCCAACGCACUUGUUCUCGAAACAAAACAUUCUUUUUUUUCAUUCGUAACAAAUUUGAAUAACAAAGUGUAAACAGUGAUCUCUCCUAUAGCCUUAUGUCCUGGUAGGGUUCAUAUAUGCAACUUUUCAGUGUAAGUGACAUUUGUAAAUAAACUAAGAAUAUAUGUGGACUGAAACAGAUAGUUUUACAAGGCUCCUCCUCUGUAAAGUAAAGACCCGACCAGUACUUCUGCUCUCUCAACCGCGACAUAUUCACCAAAGCAACACGAUCCCAAUGUAUUAAACUAUCAUGGUGUAUACAUCUCCAAGCAUAAAACGGUACUAAAAAUAUUGGUUAAAAGACAACUUUAGCAUAUAGUUUAUCUUGGUUGCCCUCUGAAAUCUUUCCGAAAUAUGGUAAUGCUGUCGAAUGGGAGAAAACAAUUGUGAAUAGAUUUCGCUUUUGCAUUCUUUUUUUUCUCAUUUGUUGCAAAUUUGAAUAACAAAGUGUAAACAGUAGUCUCUCCUAUAGCCUUAAAUUCUAGUAGGGUUCUUAUAUUCGGCUCUUCAGUGAUGAGAUUUGUAAAUAAACGUAGAAUUUAUGUGGACUAAAACAGAUAGUUUUACAAGGUUCCUCCUCAGUAAACUAAAGACCCGACGCGUACUUUUGCUCUCUCAUCCGGGACAUAUUCUGCAUGGCUACAUAUUCACAUUCUGGCUAUCAUGGUCACCAAAGCAACGCGAUCUUAAUGUAUUACAUUAUCACGGUAUAUACAUCUCCAAGCAUAAAACUGUACUAAAAAUAUUAGUUAGAAGGAACAAAAAACACCAAGAAUCCAGCGAUAAAGUUUGAGACAACUGCAAAGCUAAUUUAAAAAAUGCAAAACUAAUUUGACGCUAUCGUUGCAAGAAAUAAUUUACUACGACAUCUUUUGCUUUUAUGCAUCGCUUACGUACCGUUAAGAGAUGAUAAAGAAAAUUCUGCCUUAAAACUUGACUAAUGGCAUUUCCAGUCUAUAACUGCUUUUUAGGUACAAAACCUUGCUCAAUUUCUGUUCAAUCCACCUUUAUAUAAUUAUCGAUUAUGACAAAGGUUUUUUAAGAAAAUGUUAUGUACGAUAACAUACUUGUAUAGGACAUCAAGCACUUCGUUUUCAUUGGACGUACAACAUUAAAAUAUGAUAGUUGAUUUUUUUCUUUGUCACCUUAUGAAUACAAUGCAUUUGAAUGUUACAAACUCAUUGUGAAGAUCAUUUCUGCCUGCGAGGACCGAAGCUUCCAAUAUUAAUUUCGAAGCAUCUAACGGGGAGCGGUAAGUACACAUUCCAACUUCAAUUCAAUUAGGCCGUCCCCCUGUGGGCAAAGUAUGAGCCAGAAACUUAAGCCGCGGUUUACCAAAUCUUUAAACAUCCAGAUCUCUUCUUUGGUGGGUUGUUUUAAGAAGAUAAAUGCUUUUCUAGUCUUCUCUUUAUGCUUUCGUAGAACUGUUCACAGUAAAUGGUGAUUAGAUAAAAUCGUUAGGCAAAAUGAAAAUGACUUAGAACGCGGUUUUGUUAAACACUGGCUGAACUACGUUUAAAUAUUUAAACCCUAUGUCAUAUGUGUUUAAUUUCAGCAUAUAGACCUUUCCCGCAUUCCUGUAAAGAAAGGCACCAACUGGAGGCUUGGGUGGGCAAAAUACAGUGAUUUGUAUGAAAUUGUCCCUGACCCUAGCCUCGUCGUAAUGUCUUUAUGUUUGCUCACAGGAGCGUUUUUUUAAAAAAUAAGAAGAAGAAGAAAGAAAAUGAUGUAUUAACUGUACUGUGUAAACAAAAAUUUUGCCCGUUGUUGCACGUUAAAGCUAAUGAGAGGGUGGCUGCAUGCUCAACUGUGAAAUCGAGUGAAUUUAGGAUAACCAUAGAGAAAAAAAGUUCCAGUACUAGUGACUUUUAAGGCAAAAUACUUACUGAAUGUGUCACGAUUUGAGAAUUCAAUUCAUUUCCCACUCUUUAGUCUUCAUCUUCAAUGAGCAGGUUUGUCUUUCCGCAUUUACUGACCCAAAUACAGACCUUUAGUAGCAAAAUAGACAACUAGCACUUAAUAGUACUUAAGUCUUAAGUGGGAUUCUUUAGAAAUAACUAACGAGUGAUUCACUAAAAAGCGCUAACAGAACAUAUCACCACUUAAGAAAGAAUGGUCAUGGUAUAUGUGUAAACAUAAAACGUCCUCCCGUCUAUUUAAAGAAGUGUCUUAGCAAGGAAGAGUUUUAUAUCUUACUACAAAUGAUACGUUUCACAUUUUUAGUUAGCUAGAGUCUUUCACAUUUUACAAAUGGAAAAGCAAUGCGGCGAAGUUUUUGAUUAUUGUCAUAACCAGAAGCCUAACUCAGGUUUGAAUAAAUUAAAAUUAAAUGAAUAAUUUCUGCUGGGAGAAAAAGAGAUUAUAAAAACAACAACAACUACAAAAUAUUACGUGUGGAAUGUGAGUCAGUUAUGCCUUGAUUCUAGUUAAAUUAUAUUUCUUUGUUAUUUCUGACAAUUUUAUUAUAAUUUUUUUCCAAAUUAAUGCUCUCAUAUCUGUUAUCUGCCCUUCAGCUUUACCUUGUCUAUACGAUUCUUGAUAACUAUAUGCUCCUCUUAAAUUCAAGUCAGUAACAAUUCGUGCACGUGUUCUAUGGUUUAGCGAGAGCAUUAAAGCUACAAAGUCCCAUAAACGGUCUGCCGAACGUACUUAGAUAGAGGCGUACUUCCUGCUGACUUCAAUAUAUUCAAAGCUGGUAGGAAUCGACUAAGUUUUCUGAUGAAAAAAUCCCAGCAGGAGUAUCAUUUUAUCAAUGAAAACAGCGCCAAUCAGCGGAAGAUGUUCACAAUUAGUAAAAAGCUGUUGAACAUGCAAGAAGUUAAUGAUAACUUGUUCCUUAAACUUUCAAUUAUAAGGAAAACUCCUAACGACGGAAGAAUAAUUUUUUUUGUGUUUUUUUUUUUCAGUUUUGUCUUUAAACCAUGAAGUAUUCUCUGUUCGCCCUGUUGGUACUUAUAAUUUCUUUCACUCAUGCAAAGUUAGUUGGUAGGUACAUAAUUGAAAUUUCUCGAGGGACACUUUCAUGUGAGAGGGGAGUAGGUGCCCCUGUAAAUGUGGGCGUGGACCAAGCUUUUCUUACCCAUCUAACAUACCAUUCUCAUACAGACAGUUAAACAGGAGCUAUAAUAAAUUUGAUAAGAUAAAAAUUGUCCACUUCUGCUUUAUUAUUUCUUCAGGCACAUUCUUACGCGAUACCUAUCUACGUAAUAUUUUGUCUUUCCAUCCUAAAUACUCAUUGCAAAGAGAUAUACAAACUUUACACACUGAAAUGAGAAGUAUUAAAACCGUGCCUGCCCGCUCCACCCCCUCGGGGGGACUCCGUCCCGAGGUCCAAGCCCUUACCCUUUUAUAUACCAUUUUGACAGAAACAUCAACCCUUUAGUAUACCUUCCAUUGACAAUGGUACUCACUUUACUUGCGUAGUUUAUAAUUUUGUAUCCCUAUAACUUCUAUAAAUGUACUGCCUUUUAAAUAUGAAAAAAAUCACAAAACCAGAAAAUGUUCUCGACUUUUUCACAAUCAUUAAAUCCUUCUGUAGCAAUUUUAUGUCAUACUAAACACCGAAAUGAGAGAUUUCCUACACUUUUAUAUACUUUCACUAGUGAAAUCCCUACCCUUUCAUAUACCUGAAGCCUGAUUAAAGGUACCCAUUUCAGGCGGAGACUCCCCGUAUAGUCCAUUAUAGGGAGAACCCUUCCGGGCCACCUCCCCCCCCCCCCCCUUAAGAAAUUAUAUAUUACAGCAUAAACUUUGAAUGAAUUACUAUGGGUAAGUGGUAAGGCUACGAACAAAGCAACUCAGUAACAGUUUAGAGAUUGCAUUAGUUACAUUGUAAUAUGAUACUGUAUUCUUCUAACUUCAGCGUACGAUGUUAAAACCGGUACGUCAGAUAAUGCUAUGGCUGGCACAAACGCCAAUGUUUGGAUCAAAAUACUUGGCCAGAAGCGCUUCACCAGGAAAUUGCUCUUGGAUAACCCUGGGAAAGAUGACUUUCAACAAGGAGCGUAAGUGUCGCACGUUAUUGUGGCUUUCAACUCACAGUAUAAUUCACCACUUUAGAAACGACUAUGAAACUCGAUUGAGUAGACUUCAAGGGUUGUUAUUGGACACAGGAAUAGCUGACCGGCGCGUGCCGAACAAAUUAAUUUUCGACUUUUGCCCCCCUUCUCGUUUUAAAAGUGGUAUAAUUUAAUUCAAAAACAAGUUGCUGUAACGGAGCGAAGUUGCUGUGCGCGCCGAUCUCCUAAAGUGGAGAGUCACAUAUCGGAUAGGUGUUCGCACAGCCAAUAGCUUUCCGUGUCGGCACGAACAUAACCUAACUCUUUCUAUAUUUUUGUAGAGGUUACGCACAGAGGGCAGUUUUUCCUCUAGGCUGAUCGAUCAUCAGCUAUACAUAACAGGGUUAGCUAAAAACAAAAAGACAAACGCUAUAUCCCUUAGAAUUUGCAAAAAUACUGCCCAUGCAGUAUAUAUUACAAUUUCUUUAAGUCUACGGAGCAUUGUUACACAACGGGCCAGAAUCCGAUGCAAUUUAGUGGGACAGAAGACGCUUUUACGUAGCAAGAGUUCAACUUCCACAGAAUUGACACUGUAAACCAACAUGGCCGCUAUUUCAUUCCUAACCCGUGGGGGGCGGGGCGGGGAGGGCGCAGGGAAGAGAGACGGGGUGGAGGGACUGUGAACGGCCCACAUUUCAGACAUGGAAUCUAAGUCAAUAAUAAUGAUAUCGUGGUUUAAAUGGAUAAAUUUGUAAAUUUCAAUGCUUUUCAAAUUUCCCUGUAGUGUAGACGACUUUAAAGUCUAUGCCGAAGAUGUUGGAUCAGUGUGCGGAUUUGAAGUUAUGCGUGAUGACACGGUAUCCAAUGGCGUGUCUGCUGUAUGGGGUAUUGAUUCCGUAAGUGAUCACAGUCAAACCACAGUCACCCUUGAGAAAUGGCCAACUGAUACAGAUUGGUAUGUUUAAUGCAGGUUCCGGGGGGUGCGUGUUCUUGAAACGUGCCGUCCGUUACAAACUAAGCCCAGUGGCUCUGGGGACGAGAAAUCGCGUAUCCUAGAUAACCAUAAAACAAGUGCGCAUGCCUACGAUCGUACAUGCGAAAAAUUAUUCUGGAUUUUUUUUCUCUUUAUAUAAAAUGAUACUGUGCUCUCUCGCUGACGCUCACCUGCAAUGAAGCUUAGUUUUAAAAUUUAGUUUCUAAAGUUGGAUAGUUACAUGUACUCACAGUAUAAUUUGCUUUGUUCCAGAUUGGUGUGAAGCCUGCCUGGGAGCCAAAGUAUUUGACUUUUUAUUAUAACUUCUUUUUACCGGCUUAUACGUGGAUUGAGUUCCCCAGUAAGUAAUUAAAUAUGAGAAACUAUAUGGGUCAGCCACAAGUUUGAAAAAAGCCACCAGUAUUCAACUCAAGCUUAUUAUUCAAUAAUUCAUUUCUUUGACUUGUUAAAAGUUAAUAAUUAAACUGAACUGCCCUCUUUGAGAGGCCAGAAGAAGGAAAACUUUAAGAUCCUUUUUUCCCAAAACGGUAUGGUCUCCUUCAAAGUCUUUUUGACGAGACGAAACGACUGAGAAGGAGGCUAAAAACGUUAUAACGAUAAAAUGUUUUUUCGCCAGCAGCAUGGUGCGCCUUAGAAGAUUGUUUUUCUAUAUGAAGUAUUUUAAUUGGCGGCCGGGAAAACCUUAAAUUCCUGUUAAAGUGGGCUGUUUGCAGUCUUCUAUUUCUUCGUGGGAUUGUUGAGAAAGAGGCUUGCUGCAACUGGCAGUAACCUAGGCUCCAAAUGAGAGUGUGACCUGGGGAUGAGGAUCAAAUUUACCUUAGUGUGCGGCAAAAGGGGGGACGUGGAUCUUGAGAGCUGACAAGAAAUAUAUUUUUUUGCACGCUCUUUUUUUUUCAGUAAAUAAUUAAGUGAAGGAAAAAGAAGAGAGCGGAAGAAAAAUUCAAUGGCAACUCCUUUAUCGAAAUUAAAAUUAUUAUAGUUCUUUUAGCCUAUCUGUCUCAGAAGCUAUUUUUUAAUAAGUGGUCAAAUAACGCUUAAGCUUCGCCCAGUUUGGUCUUCUUUUCUUUUGAAUUUCUUAUUCUCACAUGUUUUAGCCGGGUGUUACCCAAGCGAAUACUGUCGAGGUAAACUUAUCACAGAAUAAUUUCUUCUCAGGAUCUACAUGCUUGGAAACAAAUGAGGCUUGCUAUAAAGAAGCAGCUGCCUGCCCAGCGGGUACAAAGGAGAAUUCUGGCAAGGAGUGCUUCCUGAAAACUUUAAAGUGUUGUACCACCGGUAAGCUGUUAGUAGUGAGACCCUUACAGCUGGUUAGUCAUGAGGAACAGAAAAUGUUAAGGACUAAGAAACGACCUGGGCGACAAGACUCUCCGGAGCGAGGUCCCCAAUAGAGUUCUUCAAUCCUGUAAUCUUGAUUCAAAAUUUCGUGCAAUCCCGUAAUCACGAGGGGGGUUUUUAGCAUCCCACCUCCCGCGCAUAUUUUCAAACCCGAAGCUCGCCCUAAUUUUACUUUCAAAUCCCGAAUCCCGAGAUUCAGAUAAGAGAAAUCCCGAAAAAACUUAUUAGGGAUCCUCCAGAGCAGAGUGGUAUUUCACUUCUAACAAGUCAACAUGACUGAUCAGUAACAAAGGACCCAUUCUCAUAAGAGAGGAGAUACUAGUGGAGGAUCCAGGGGGCUCCGGGCCCCAAACCCCCCUCCCCCCUGCACGUCAGACCUGACGCUAGUUUGAGACUGAAAUUCUUACAUCGACAGGAUCGCAUAUAACUUUCUGACUAGUUGAUUUUUUUAAUGAAACGCGCGUUGCAUUUUGCCACUAAACUAAAUUCCAGGGAUAUUAUUACUAUCUUAUUAUUAUUAUUAUUAUUAUUAUUAUUAUAUUAUUAUUAUUAUUGUCAUUAUGGGAUAUAUUGCCUCUGCUUUCAAAGCAGGUAAUCUUAUACGCGCAAAAAAGUUAGAUAUCCUGUGCACGCGUGCGCAGGAACAGUUGGGGAAGGACCAAACUUUAAUCCAUAUUGUGUUUUUUUUUGUUUGUUUGUUUUUUUCUUUUCAGAAACAGCUGCCAGUGAAACGAAGGAGACUGAGUAACACCAGCUAAUGAAUUUUAAUCCGUAAGGGAUAAGACAAAGAAACUGGAAAAUGAUUCAGUUUAAUUUCCAUGGGGUUUCAAGCAAGCUUAAGGGUUAUUCUAAGGAUGAUCAUGAAUAUAUGAUUUUCUUGAAAGUCAUCAAUAAACCGGCAUUAAAAAAUCCCGACCGUCAGUUAUAAAAUGGCUAUAAUGAGACAGCAAUAAAAUCAAGGCUGAAAACCCUGUAACAAAUCCUUUCACCGGUCCUCUAGAUAGAUAGAAAGUAGGGGUACCUUAAGUGGCGUCGAUAGGCUCAGAAAAAAGCUCAAUGAGAGAAGCAGUAGGGACUGCACCCGAGACACAACAAAAGGGCGGUUGGCUUUCGAAAGCAACAAACAUGCGGGAACUUACAGUAAGUAUAAGUCAGUAAGGGGACUGUGCCACUGCGGACCUCUGAGGGCACAUUUUCCUCCUCUGAUAACGCCAACAAUACUUUGAUGGUACGAAACCCAGCAACCAUUCGCGAAGUAACAACCAAAGUGGAACAAAUAGUCCUACUCAGUAAAUCGACUCUAUCGCCUGAUGAAGACCUGCAUUACGCGGUCGAAACGCCGCGUUCAAUAUCUAAGUGACAAUCGUGAGACAAACGAUUAACGAAACCCUUUAUACACAUUAACAAUGGCGAAAAUUAUCUUUCAUGACAAGUCAGCAAACGUUUGUACGCAAAUGACUGAGAGUGGACUGGUCAAGAAGUUGACAACUAGCUGAGCAUGCGCGGUUAGUGCUAAGAACAAAAGCCAUUGAAUAAUCAGCCUAAUUACAUGCUGCAUUGAUUAAAGUAGCGCAUAAAUGAUGGAGAAUAAUUAUGACGUAAUCUUUGCAUCUUUUGCACAAUAGACAUUAUUUUCAUUCAGCGGUUUAUCUGGCUAUGCAUCAGUAUAGAAACUUACGCGCUCCUAUCCCCAUCAAAAUAAUGAGAAGCAGCGGGAGAAAAAAAAAGCAAAGCAAAACAGCAAUUACACUACUACCACCAGAAAUGAUGAGAUUACUAUAGUAAAUAGAGGAGACUGGUUACGGAAACCAACAAACAUCAAAGACGAAAACAACUGCGCUGAAAUUUAUGUUGACCACUCCUUUUCUUCCCUUGAUUUUUUGUUAACAAAUUUUAUAGUGUCAGAAUAAAUUAAUGAAGCGUUUUCGAUUGGUCAGUAAAUUCAAAAUCACAGGAAUGCUAUUGAACGUUGUGCAAGGUCAGGUCCAAAAAACUAACAAACACAUUUGAAAAAGAAGUCUGAUAAGCUUGAUCGCCGUUGUGUUUAAUUAACUAUGCAUAGGCCAUAAAAAUCAUGUCGCUCAAUUUUCUAUCGAAAUGUCCAUUAAAAGGACAGUUCAAAUGGUUAUGUAAUCCUCAAGCAAUACAUGCUGAUUACAAUUGGUAGCUUGGUCACAGAAAUGACAAAUUCCAUCACAGUCAAUUCUCGGCACGUCUUUUCAACGCUGCUACAUUUGGCAAGCUCAGGAACAGCCUAUUUCCGAAGAGUAAGUAUUAAGUUUUACGUUUAGUUUUUCCUUCCUCGACAACUAGAGCUUCUGUUACUCAAGUUUAUAUCGUAUAACUUAAACGUUAGCUAUUCAGAUGAUUAAGCAUAAUAGUAGGUGUACUAAGAACGAUGUUUACCACAAACUCACAUGGUACUAAGCUAUUAUCUUAUACUAGCCUACGUCAAAAUUAUUAGUAACACUAAGACUAUAGCGGAAUGGUUGGUUGCGUUUUAUGUAGUAUAUUCUGAAAUGAUAUCCUGUCAUGAUAGUUUAGGAUGUUUGGAGUAAUGAUAGAUUUAUUUAAAGAAAUCAAUGCCUCAUUGUGUUUACUGCCAGUCUCAAAUUUUAUUCAACACCAAGAACUUCUCAAGAAAUACUAAAAUUAUUUCCCCAACCUCAAAUAAGAUUGAACCCAUUUCAAUAUCAUUUUCCCCCCUAGUUUGUGAACACUGGAUAUGUUUCCUUCUAACGCGAAUACCGCUUGCACGUCGCGGGAUCGUUGUCUGUAAUUUUUUGCCAUGUUUUUAGAAUAAUGAACUAGUCAUAAAACGAAUAAGGCUAAGCCCUCUUCAAUAUCAUUUUCACCUGUAGCUUGUGAACAGGACUGCACUGAACGAGUAGCCUUCUGUUACUAUGUCAUAACAACAACAGAUCGCAUGACAAAAAGGAAGGCUCGAGAAGAAUGUCAGGUGCCGUCCUACCCUUUCUCAAAUCGGAAAUAGAAAACCAAUGUGGCAAACUCGAUGGAGAAAAGUGGAGAACCAUGGCUUGGAAUGGAAACCACUGGAAACAAUGAUUUUAAAUGGAUCGAUGGAGCAUCGGUAUCAGCCACAUUUUCUGCAUGGACUACAGGAGAACCAAACAACCCUGGAGUGGAGAAUUGUCCCUACAUGUAA